GGGCAGCGUGACACAGCGCUUGCCUUGUUGGCGUGAUGUGUUGACUUUUGGUGGUUUGAUUGAUUUGAUGUGAGCAGCACAUUUCCAAAUUACAUGUCUGAUGACACACUUUUGAUAUUCCUCUAUUAAUAGGAAAUCUCGAAUUUAAUGUUAAGGGUCCAUUGAAAAUAUUUCAAAGAUGCCGCCACGUGUUGAUGACGUAAUGAAGCUUUGUUGCGAACUGUCUACAAAUCAGCAAGUGAAGGCAACAGUGAAGCAGUCUGGGAAGGGAGCAGUGGCAGCCGGUGGUCUAGCUUUUGCUGGAGGUUUAAUAGGUGGUCCUCUAGGAAUUGCAGUAGGUGGUGCUGUUGGUGGACUUCUUGGAUGUUGGUUGACAAGCGGACAGUUUAGAUCUCUCCCCCAGGUUAUCAUGGAACUGACACCAAACCAGCAGCAAAGACUUUAUGAAGAUAUUGUAGCCAUCUUGGGCUCAAUAACGUGGACUGAUGUUGCACAACUUACUGCCCUUGUAAUGGGAAAUGCCUCACUUCAGCAGCAGGUGACAGCUGCCCUUUUGAGUUAUGUUCAUAGGGAGCUUCAAGCUGAAGUGCAUUAUAUAGAUUAACAGGAAAAUUUCCUCACUGGCAUUUCAUACCAGUCAAUCAUGUGUCAUACAGAGUACUGU